CACCUUUCUAUUAUCCUUACUCCUUUGUUUCCUUUUGCUUCUUUUCAGCGCGCUGCAGUACACGAGCUUUGUAGCAUAUAUUUCUCUUGUUAUUUCUUUCUUUCUUUUAUUUACCCCUCAAAAAAAAUUAACGAUAUAAGAGCUUUUAGUCCCUCAACGAUAGAUUUUGGAUUCGGAUCAUAUAUACGAAAUUACGGCAUAGGACUCCUCGCCCUAUUAACAUCAGAUGCCGUAGUCCUGCCCAGCUCGAUCCGUCUGUCACGAUGGACACCCUAAAGAAGAUUCUCAUUGUAGUUUUGGCCAUAUCUUUUAUGGUAUUCAUUACCUUCUUCGGCAGACUUCCGGCUUUGAGGAAAACACCCAUCGCUUGGUUAUACAAGCUGAUAUGGAUUCAUUUCCCCGACCUGGUGUCGAGUAUAGACCAGACACUCACUGGUGGGAGAGUGACUGGAUCGCUGUCAUGGAUUUAUAAUCGCCUCAUGUAUGACCGUCAUCCAACGAUCGUGAUCUUCUUUUUAUUGAUCAUGACGGUCUCUGAGUACAUGUACCUCCCUGAUGUCUGGCCCAGGAUCGGCCUCUUCACCAAAUUCACCGCCACCAUCGCCGUCAUCCUGCCGUACGUGUUCCUGUAUCUCGCCUGCUCCGCAGACCCAGGGUACAUCACCCGCGAGAAUCAUGCGUACCACAUGUCUCUCUACCCCUAUGACUACGCCCUCUUCCAUCCGGGCAACGAAUGCCGCACCUGUCGGUUCCUGAAACCCGCGCGAUCAAAGCACUGCGAUGUCUGUAAACGCUGCAUCGCCAGGGCCGAUCAUCACUGCGUCUUCAUCAACUCGUGUGUGGGCUACGGCAACCACCACUGGUUCCUUCUCCUCCUUUUAUCGACGUGCGUCUUGGCCACCUACGGCGGCUUCCUGGGUCUCUACCUGUUAACGUCGAAAAUAAAAGAAGAGUACCCAUUAUGGACCGUCUGGCCAGGCCAAGAUUUGGAGUUCAGCGAGUAUCUUGCUGUCUGGGGCUGGGGCCUCCAUGGCGAUAUCCGUGUCGGCGCUGCCACUCUUCUCGCCCUCCUCACCUCACCUCUAAUAUGGGCCCUCUUCAUCUACACCGUCUUCCUCAUCUACUGCGGAACCACGACCAACGAGUCCAUGAAAUGGACAGACUACAAGGAGGACAUGAGGGACGGCUAUGCCUUUCGACGUCCUCUGGCGCCUAACCGACCCCGUAACUUGCGUUUGGAGCCACUAUGUCCUCGGUGGCCCUCGUCGCCAGAGCACAUCAUAUUGGCCACCCAAGACGCGCAGCCGCCAAGCGACCAAGGGAAUUACCCAGGCGAGGGCGAGUGGGAGCAUGUAUGGGACCUCAAAACCGUCGACAACUUAUAUGACAUGGGAUUGUGGCAUAACCUCGGCGAUGUCUUCUUUUCCAACUAUGCAUUUAAUGACGGAACAGAGGAGCCCCUAGCCGAGCGUCGACCACGAGGGCGCAGUAUCUCUACCACCAAGUCUGGAUAUCCUCAAUAAAAGAGACAUGAAUUCUAAUUCUCUUGUACUACAUUCGCGGCACGAGAAAGAGACAUCUUCAUCGAUACUGUUUGAAUAAUGGGGUUUUAUAUUGUAUUUUUUCCUCUUUCUUGUUGGACAUCUUCGUAUCAUCAUUCAUGUUCGUCGUAUCUACACGCAUCUAGGUCUUGCGUAGACCUACCAAGACUACCUAGUAAUAAAGUAUAUACCCAUCCGCCACCAUUGGC